UUUUGAGAAGUAUCACACGUCAUGUACGCGUUUAAGUAACGCGUGGAAUCAUUGAAAAAAUCUCUUAACAAAUAAUCCUUCAAAUACUAUCGUCUCUUUGAACUUUUCAUUUGCUUAACGUUCGCUCAAGGAGAUAAAUCUGUACUAGUGAAAUAUGGGAGGUGGUAAGGAUGAUUCUGAUAAGGGACUCUUUAGCAACAUUAUGGGAGGUAUGGCUGGUCAUUCUGGUGGUCAUCACGGAUAUCCACCGGGGCAGUAUCCUCCACAGCACGGUGGUUACCCUCCGCAACAAGGGUAUCCUCCUCAAGGGUACCCUCCACAGCAAGGGUAUCCUCCUCAAGGGUACCCUCCACAGCAAGGGUAUCCACCUUCUGGUUAUCCUCCACAAGGAGGAGGAUAUCCUCCACAAGGUCAUCAUGGUGCUCCACAACACUCAGGGCAUGGUGGCAUGGGGGGAUUGUUAGCUGGAGGUGCUGCUGCUGCAGCUGCUGCCUAUGGUGCUCAUAAGCUGUCACACGGUGGAUCUCACAUGGGAGGACAUAGUGGUGUCCCAUUUGUUGGAGGCGGUCAUUAUGGAGGUGGUCAUUAUGGAGGAGGGAAGUAUAAGCAUGGUGGCAAGCAUGGGAAAUUCAAACAUGGAAAGCACGGCAAGUUUAAGCAUGGCAAGGGAGGGAUGUUCGGAGGGAAAUUCAAGAAGUGGAAGUAAACUUUAGUUAUAGUAUCAAAAACUUCAGCUGGCUUUACAUUGUGCUAAUGUUCUUUCUCUUUAAAUAAGACAAACUACAUGUUAUUAUGGCCUAUAGGCGGCCUGUGAGAUGUUAUGUUAUAUUUGCAUUUUCAAAUACUAAAUUGAGUGAUAAGACUCUGCAGUUGAAUAGCUCCCGACGGCCCUAAACUUUUCUUAUUUCCUACAUCUUCUGUAUUUGCUCAAUCACUGCAUUUCCCAACUUUUUUGUACAGUAUUGCACUACUAACUCCAUGAUUCCAAAUGUUCCAGAGCUUGUUUUCAA